AUGAUAAACUUGAGUGCCAACACCUAUGCAGCAACAAGCCACUCCCUUCAUCAUGAGCAAUUCCUAUUACUCCAGAUGAAGCACAACCUUGUUUUCAGCCCUCACAAAUCCAAAAAACUGGUUCAUUGGAAUCAAAGUGUGGAUUGUUGUCAAUGGAAUGGCAUAGCAUGCAGCAACAGCAGCAUUAUUGGUGUCGACUUGAGUGAAGAAUUCAUCACUGGAGGUCUUGAUAAUUCAAGUCUUUUCAAUCUGCAACACCUUCAGAACUUGAAUUUGGCUUACAAUGACUUCCAUUCUCCGAUUCCUUCAAACUUUGGCUUGCUAAAGAAUAUGAGGUAUUUGAACUUAUCAAAUGCCGGCUUUGAGGGGCAAAUUCCAAUUGAGAUUGCUCAUCUGACAAAGUUGGAUACUCUUGAUUUAUCAACAUCACUUGCCUCACAACAUCCUCUAAAACUUGAGAAUCCAAACAUGAAAAUGCUCAUGCAGAACCUUACAGAAAUCACAGAACUGUACCUGGAUGGUGUAAACGUAUCUGCUGUUGGAAAGGAGUGGUUAUAUGCCUUAUCUUCAUUGCCAAAGCUAAGAGUUCUGAGCAUGUCGUCCUGCAACCUCUCAGGACCAAUUGAUUCUUCAAUAUCAAAGCUUCAGUCACUCUCAGUCAUUCAACUGAGCAUGAAUAAUAUGUCAAGCCCUGUGCCAAAAUCCUUGGAAAAUCUCUCAAGUUUGACCACCCUGCAACUUAGCAGUUGUGGUUUGAUUGGUAUUUUUCCCAGCAGCAUCUUCCAAAUACAGAAGCUAAAAGUUGUUGAUAUAUCAGACAAUCAAGAUCUUCAAGGUUCCCUGCAAAACUUUCCACAAGAUGGAUAUCUCCAAACUCUGAAUCUUAGCUAUACAAAUUUCUCUGGACUAUUACCAGGUGCUAUUUCCAAAUUGAAGCAUUUGUCUAUGUUAGAUCUAUCUAACUGCCAGUUCAAUGGUACACUCCCUAUUUCAUUUUCAGGGCUCACUGAACUUGUUCACCUGGAUUUUUCAUUGAAUAGCUUCACUGGUCCUCUUCCAUCUCUCAACAUGUCCAGUAAACUCAUAUAUUUAUCCCUUUUUCGAAAUAAUUUUACUGGACCAAUUACAUCUACUCAUUGGGAGGGGCUCAGAAAUCUAACUAGCAUCAAUUUAGGUGAUAACACCUUCAAUGGAAAAGUUCCCUCAGCUCUCUUCACUCUUCCAUCUCUUCAGGAUCUUUUUCUUUCUCAUAAUGACUUUGAUGGUGUAUUGGAAGAAUUCCCACUUGCAUCGUACACCACCUUACAAUACGUUGAUUUGAGCAACAACAAAUUGCAAGGGUCCAUUCCCAUGUCUUUUUUUCAUCUUAGAAGUCUUGAAUUCCUCCAACUUUCAUCCAAUCAGUUUAAUGGCACUAUAAGGUUUGAUAUGUUUCAAAGGCUGCAAAAUCUGCACACGUUAGGCCUUUCACACAACAACUUAAUAGUUGAUACCACUUUCAAUGGUGAUCAGGGCCUUGCAUCGUUUCCCAGUUUUUCAUAUCUACUUUUGGCUUCUUGCAACUUGAAGAAAUUUCCUAAUUUCUUGAGAAAUCAAACGCAUUUAACUAGGCUAGACCUAUCCAACAACCAAAUUCAAGGAGUGAUACCCAAUUGGGUUUGGAGAUUUAAUAUUUUGAUUGCAUUGAAUCUUUCCAACAAUUUUCUAACAAGUGUGGAAGGACCCUUUGAAAAUCUUAGUUCUAAUCUUGAAUCGGUUGACCUCCACUCUAAUGAACUUAGUGGGUCUAUUCCCAUCUUCACAAAAAGUGCUACACAGUUAGAUUUCUCAAGAAAUAGAUUCAGCUUAAUCCCACCCAACAUGAAAGAGUAUGAUAAGAUCAAGAAAUAUAUGAAUUGUAUUUGA